AUGAUACCCCGGGCUGCUUUUUCCGCGCUCUUCUACGCCUCGAGCGUGCUCGCCGUGUGCACCAAACUCGAAGACUGCCCGCAGUACCAACACCUCAAGACGGCCGAAUGUCAGACCUACCACCACUUCGUCGCUCGCGGCUCGACAUCGUCCUACCCUGGCCACGUUCUUGAAACGGUUGGCAAAGUGUGCAAUGCGCUGAAUACAAACGAGAACUCCAAGGCCUGUGGAUAUGAGGAUGUCCAGUACCCUGCCUUGAAUGGGGAUAAGUGGUGCUCGUCCUCGCACGAGGGCGCAGUCAAUGGCGCCGAGCAAAUGAGCAACUACACUGCGAGGUGUCCAGAUAGCCAUCUGAUCCUCAUGGGCUUCAGCCAGGGCGGGAGUGUCCUGCUCGACGUGUUAGGCGGGGGUGGUGGCGAGCUCUGGGGAUGCGUGCAAGAAGAGAACCCCAAAAUGGACAUUACCACGGCCCCAGGCUCCAAGGUCGCUGCAGCCCUCGUCUUCGGACCCACACGCCGCUCCGCGCACCAGUCCUGGACUGUCGGUGGCGGCGACGCAUUCAACGGUUCCCGCCCUCGCACAUCAGAACAACUCUCAGGCCUACAGCCCUAUGCCGACGCCAACCUCCUCCGCGAGUACUGCCAGCCGGGCGAUCCCAUCUGCGCACCAGAUUCCGGCAAAACGGACAUGUCGAACCACCUGAGCUACUUCGACAAGUAUAGUGACGAGGCUGCGGCCUGGGUCCUGGAUCUGGCGCGCAAAGCCGAGCGCGGCAACGGCAGCACGCCAGAUCAGAGAUCGGGUGCAGGCGACAAGCUGGGGAGGAGCAUCGCGCAUCCAAUCGCAAAUGUCUUCAUACUUAUUUUUGUCGUAUUGGUCUUAUACUUCGUAGUCAGAAAGUACGCCUCUUGGAAGGCUUCAAAUGCCCGUCUCUCCUCGUAUGCGCCCGUCAAUACCACCGACAACGUAUAA